AGCUUACUAUGUUUGUUUGGUUAAUUAAGGUACUAUGUUGCUUUAUUAACGCAUUGCAUAUUAUAUGAUUCGGAUGGUUUUUGUUAAGUAUGUCCUAAAUUGAUUUUUUGUUACUGCUACUGCUUCCAUCACUAGUAAUUAGAAAUGGGAGACGAACAACAAGAAAUUGGAAAAGUGAAGGCCAAAAGUGAUUAUACCGCUUGAACUUUGGAAGAGAGCAAAAUGUUGUUACAAUUGCUCAUUGAAGCUACAUUGCGUGGAUGGCGUGAUGCUAAUGGCUUGCUAACCAAAGAUAUUGUUACGACAAGAAUACUUCCGGCACUUAAUGAAAGACUAAAGUGUAAUAAAACUUAUAAGCAUUACACAAGUCGAAUGAGAUAUUUUAAGAAAGAAUAUGGAAAGUAUAGUCAACUUAUGGGAAGCAACUCUGGCUUUGGGUGGGAUGCAAACACAAAGAGAUUUGUUGCUGAUGACGAAGUUUGGGAAGAAUACUUUAGGGCCCACCCAGACCAAAGAAACAUUCGUAAAAAAUCUUGUGAUGACUUUGAAGAUUUGCAAAUCGUACUUGGGAAUGCAACUGCCAUUGGAAAACACUCAUUGGGAUUGGGUGAGGAAACUGAUGCAAGAACUUUUGUAGUGGAAGAUGGACAAGGUGGAACAGAGGAAGAUGAACAAGUUGGAAUAGAGAACUUGUUUUAUGAUGAGGAAAAUAGGGGCUUUGUACUAAAUCAAAACCAAGCAUCACACCAAACUUCAUCAUUCGAUCAAUCAUCCCCAUUCUUACCCACUCAAACCACUAGUUUAGAGAUUCCCCCAGAAAUCACCAACCGUAGGAAACGAAACAGAACCCAAUACCAAGGGAAUACUAGAUCAUCUGAGACCACUAAUCAAGCUAGAAUUAUGGAAAAUAUUUCACUUACUCUCGAUUCAAUUGCCACUGACUUCUGAGGAGUCCAUAGUCUGUUGGAGAAAAGGGAUAAGGAUAGAGAGAGACAAAAUUCUAUGGGAUGCCAUCAAGGAAACCCCAAAUUUGGAUGAACCUGCUCGCUAUCAAGCGGUCGCUUUGCUCAAUACUAAAACAAAAAAGAAUGCAUUUCUGAAGAUGUCACCGGAAGAGCGGUCAAAUUGGAUAUGCUAUAAUUUGAAAUGAUAUGAUUCAUGAUACAUUAGUUUUUUUUUGUUCGUUGUAUUUUGGAUUAUGUUUAAUUGGCUUAUUCAUACUUGUUAACUGAAUUAUGUUGAAUUAUGUUUAAUGAAUGAUGUGUUUAAUUUAAUUAAUGAUAUUAUGUGAGAAUGUAGGAUUUAGCUCUGCUGAAUUUGGAUAAUGUACUAUUGCUAUUAGACUAUGUAGGAAAUUGAAUGUGGGGAUGUAGGAUUUGGCUCUAUUGAAUUUUAGUUGUUGUUAACGGAAAAGGCUAAUUGGCUUCCCCCAAUUGAGGAAAUCCGAACUCUACUUGAUCAUAGUGUUCAUGGAACACUCUUCACUUUUUCUCAAGUUUCUAUAUCAAUGUUUUUUGUUCUUUUCUGAAAUGAAUUUGUGUUUCAUUGUUAUUUGAUUCUAGAUUAGUGCGCGACCUUCUUACACUUUGUAAGCAGUAGACUCGUCAAUUAGUAUUUCUUGGUCUAUUGUGGAGAUUAUGAUAAUGAACUACCAGAUAGCAAUCUUAUUUAGAUUAGACUA